CCACCAUCUCGUGACUGACACUAGCAAAAAUCAUUCGCAGUAAGAAGCGCUUGGACACGGGCUCUCAAGGAACGACAGAGUCUCGGACAAGAGGUCCUACAAGAGGGCAAAGGCAUCAGCCGCAUGUCUCUAAAGACCUGCGCAAAGAGCUACAAGGUCAGCUCGAUCUGCUCGUUCAAAAAGCGCCAGCUCUCACAACAUUUCCAUUCGAGACCCCCAAUAAACGUGCAUCACGUAGCUUGUACUCCCACUGCUCUACCGACUCGCUUACCCCUGAUCAAAGCAAUGAGCAGCGCUGCGACUUCCUCCCCCCCCUCGGCUGGGACGAAGGAAAAGCAAGCGGAAAUGUCGGACAUUGCUGUUCAGGCUGCUGGCCCAACGCCCCUCGUCAUGCAGCUGAUCGUCGAUCGCUCCCUCACACAACCUGUUCAAGAUGGAGGUUGGCCCAGAGGCCCACUCAUGUCACAAGCUGCCCACGCAGCAGUCGCGGUCAUCUCGAGAUCGCUAGAUCAAUCCCUCACCCAGGCUUACAUCUCCAGUACGACGGGCGCCCUGGAAUCCAUGCACAAAAUCGUCCUAGUAACCUCGCCCAAGCAGACCAUCCGAGAACUGAGCAGCAAGCUGGAUGAAGCCAGACAAGCCGCCGCUAAUGCUGCUUCCACCGCAGGCCAAGAAGACACCGAGCAUUUUCCGCUGCAUCACUUGUGGAUCGAGCAGCCUGAAAACAUUCCGACAGUCCUAGCCAUCGCUCCCAAUCGCAAGCCCGCGGCUCUCAAAAAGAUCCUGAACAAAUGUACACUGCUUCGCGAUUGACACCACCAACAGUGAAAGCGGAAGCCGCUUCUCAUGAUCCUUCAUGAAGAAAAAGCUGCUCACAAAAAGGUCAUCGGAGAGCACUAGUAGCAAAAUCUUGCAUUUUGAGGAGGCCAAGAAAAGCGCCAAGACGGACGAGCUUGUGCUGAUGUGCGACGUGAAAGCGGAAAGCAGAAGAAAGUGACGAAGUUUGCAGCAGCGGGAGUGCGUGUCGCUGCACAGCCUGGAAACGUCUAG